CGACCGGUUCGUUCGGAAGUAACCGCAUGCGCUCACCUAUCCAUCAACCAAGACAGAAGGGAAUGACCAACCAAGCGAGCAGAGCCCAACUACCAAUCCUAUGUUCUCCCAAUUCUGGAACUGGUGGCAAUCUAACGAAUUCGGGAAAGCAAGAUGAUCGACACUGGAAAAGACGUCUUGGCGAGAGGUGCUUUAGCAACUCGACUGAAAAGGAGAGGGCGAAGGGUUCCUCGGAAGAGCUCGCAGUGAAUGCCCAGUGCAAUCCAAUAAAACAACCUAACAGAACCGCUCCGCCCCUCCAUGUACAGAAAAGUAAACCCAAAGAAGUUGUUCUGGACGAGAGAGUGAGAUUAGACUGCUUAAACCGUAGAUAGGCGUUCCUCUCCCUUUUAGUCG